GUCCAAGGUGGACCACGUUCACGACAUCUUGAUGGGCAAUGCCACGGUGAUCCGGCUGGUGGUCAGCUUCUACCGCAACGUGCGUGGGCACAACGCCCUGCGGGACAUCCUGGCCGGCCCGGUGCAGGAGGUGCUGCAGGACAAGAGCCUCAGCAUCCGCACAGACCCCGUGGACAUCUACAAGGCGUGGAUUAACCAGGCUGAGUCCCAGAGUGGGCACAGAAGCAAACUCCCGUAUGAGGUCAGCCCUGAGCAGGCUCUCAGCCACCCCGAGGUUCAGAGGCGCCUGGACAUUUCCAUCCGCAAUCUCCUGGCAAUGACAGACAAGUUUGUCUCUGCCAUCACCUCUUCUGUUGACAAGAUCCCCUAUGGGAUGCGCUACAUGGCCAAAAUCCUGAGGAUGUCUCUGGUUGAGAGAUUCCCCAAGGCCCCGGCUGAGGAGGUGGACAAGAUCGUGGGGAACCUGCUCUACUACCGCUUCAUGAACCCGGCCGUGGUGGCCCCCGAUGGCUUUGACAUCGUGGCCGUGUCAGCAGGAGCAGCUCUGCCCCCCGAGCAGCGCCGCAGCCUGGGCUCCAUCGCCAGGGUGCUGCAGCACGCUGCUGCCCACAAAGCCUUCCAGGGGGACAGUGCCCAUCUCUGCGGGGUCAACCAGUACCUGGAGGACACCCACAACAAGUUCAGGAGGUUCAUCUCUGCUGCCUGCUGUGUCCCCGAGCCAGAAGAGAGAUUUAACAUGGAUGAGUACUCAGAGAUGGUGGCAGUAGCCAAACCAGUCAUCUACAUCACCGUGGGGGAGCUCAUCAACACGCACAAGCUCCUGCUCCAGCACCAGGAUUCCAUUGCCCCACACCCCAGUGACCUUCUGCACGAGCUCCUGGAGGAUCUUGGUGAACUUCCUACAGUCCAGUCCCUGCUUGGGGAGGGCAUUGCCAGCCUGGCAGACAGUGGUGCAGAACAGGUGCUCUCCCAGCUCAGCAGAACAGAGAUCUCCCUCACCCUCACCAACAAACUGAUGCCAGCAGCCAGCAGCGAGGAGAGCGACACGAGGAGCCUGCUGCUGAGCACCAAGCAGAUGGUGGUGGAUUUGAUCCAGUCGCAGCCAGGAGAUUCCCUCCCAGAAAUCCUGUGGACACCAGCCUCAAAGCAUGAGGAAGCUGCUCACGAGCAUCUGGUGCUCCGGAGAGCACUGCAGGAUGCCCAGCCCUGUGCCCAUCUGCAGCGCCACCCGUCCCUGGUUGCCAACGGCCGCCUGUCCGUGGAGGAGAAAAAACGCAAGGUCAUCCGCAACCUGCGGCAUUUGGAGAGCCUGGGGCUGGUGAGCUCUGAAAACGGGUACCAGGAGCUCAUUGACGAGCUGGCCAAGGACAUCCGGAACCAGCGGCGUCACCGGCAGCAGCGCCGUGGGGAGCUCCUGAAGCUGAGGCAGACCCUGGAGGGCCUCGAUGCCAAGGCUCUGUUUUACGAGGAGCAGAUUGAUUAUUACAACCAGUACAUCAAGACCUGCCUCGACAACCUGGCAGCCAACAACAAGGUCAGUGGGAAGAACAAGAAGCUGCCCUCGCUGCACUACACAGCAGCCCAGCUGUGGGAGAAGGGGGUGCUGCUGGAGAUCCAGGACCUGCCACCCAGCCAGUUCAAGAAUGUGAUUUUUGACAUCACCCCGUGCGAGGAAUCAGGCAGGUUCGAGGUGAAAGCCAAAUUCAUGGGCAUCGACAUGGAGUGCUUCCAGCUGCUCUACCAGGAUCUGCUGCAGCUGCAGUACGAGGGUGUGGCAGUCAUGAAAAUGUUUGAUAAGGCCAAGGUCAACGUCAACCUGCUCAUUUUCCUCCUCAACAAGAAAUUCUUCAAGAAGUAACGGGCUCAGGGCUUGGGGGUGGCACUUCAGGGAAGGGGGAUGAUGGAAAUUUGCCAAAGAGACUUUAGGGUUGGUGGUCCCAGAGAAGGGAAGCUGCUGCUGGCCAUGGAGCUUUCCUGGUGUUUGAGCAUCCGUGGCUCAGCCCCAGCCCUGGGCACCCCAAAUUUGGUACCAAACCCAUGCCCGACCUCCCCACAUGAGGAGGAGGCUGCCAAAGCUUUUGCAGCGUGCGUUGCUUUUAAAAUCUGUUUUUUUAUCUGGGUGUUUUGGCUGUUCAAUUCCUGUGUUGUAUCAGCCAGCUGCUCAAGGACACUCCAUUUCUGGACACUAUACAGGUUUUUACUGAUGUAAUAAAGGUAUUCUAAUAUAUAUAUAUAUGUAUAAAAAUAUAUUUCUUCCUCACACUGAGGCUGGGGAAAUGUCAGAAUCAGUCUUUAUAUGGACAGGUAGGGAAAGGCCAGAACACAGAGGCAAUAACUGCUUGUGGAGACACCCGUGAGCUCUUCUCUGGUAAAUUGAGGUGCAAUAGAAGGAUUUUGGUUUAUAAAGAUGAAUUUCACUGUUGUCCCAUGGAUGCUUUGGGGGGCUGGAGAAGGAACCGUGGCUCUGGCCCAUGUGGAACAACCCCACAGCAGCAUCUCAGCAGUGAUGGUGGCAUCUCUGUCCCCUCUUGAUUUCCUCUGGUGCUUGAUGGGUUUCCAGGUGUGGCACAAGGACCGUGUUUGGCCAUGGCUGCAUUUAAAGCAUUUUGUGAGCUCCUUUUCCAGCCCUUUCCAUGGGUGGGGAGGGAGCUGCUGGUGCUCCCAACCUCCUCCCACUCCAUUUCCUUCAGGCACGGGAGCAGCAGGUCCCAAAUCUGCUCCACAAAGUUUUUUGGGGAGGGAAUGGGAAUCUCCCUUGUUCCUCCAGUAAGUGCCAUGGUACUUGAUCCAUCAGCAUCUCCAUCUUGUCUUUGGAAAGUGAUGUUUGUUUGUGAGGUUAUGUGUUUUUUUCUUUCCCUUCUGUCAUACAAAUGCCUCAAACGGUGCUGAUCCCGUUCCUGUCUGUGCUGGAUUCCUGCUGUGCUGCCUCUGCUUGUUCACUCCAAAUCAAGAUGUACUCCAAAUAAAGAUCAGA